GAAGUACUUGCGUGUGCAUCAAGCAUCAGCAACCUUGCAGCGUCAACUCAUCGGCCGCAGCAGCAAUGCCCGGUCACUGGCGCACAAGUCUCCGCAGCGCGUGGCCCGUCGCAACGCAACGGAGAAGUCGAGUCACAAGUCGCACCGCAGCAAGAUGAGCUCCAUGAAAGCCCGUAUGCGGGCUCUUGAAGCUCAACUGGCGGAGCUCCGUGUCGCACAAACUGUACAAGUCCAGGCAUCACUGCCUUCUAUCCAACGUCCCAGCAAAGGAUCUGCUGGCGACGGCUUCAACCUGGAGAAGGAGAUGGGGUUAGCGGACGAUCAUGCCAAGUAUCGAGCCAUUACCCGCACGAUACGCAAUAUCGUCAACGGCUCCCACCUCGACUGGCGCCUUCCUUGGUAUCGGCAAGAUAAGACCAAGGUGGGACGAAUCUUCAUAUUGGCACGAAAGCGACAACCAUACCUGAAGUGCUUUCCACGCGACUGGGCUACCGAGGAGUAUCUGAAGUCGCACCUCAAGAACAAGCGUCGAUACAAUCGGAAGAUUGGUCUUGACGUCGACGAAGACGAGCUCGCUGGAGCCACCUUCGCAGACGAGGACAUUCCGAUGAUCGAUCAAGCCGAUGAAGAUGGCUCAGGUGGCAGCGAUGAGGAAGAUCCGGAUCCGAUGGAAGUCGAUGGUGCCGCCAGUGGGAAGAACACCGACGAGGAGAAGUCCGAUGACGAUGACGCUGAGGACGACGAGGAGGAGGACAAAGAGGACUAG